CAGCUUUCUGCUACAUUCAUGGGAACUAAUGAGUUUCAUUCAGCUGUGGAUUAAUUACAGAGAAAGCUGAGCUUAUCCUGCUUUCCACAUCUCCAUUACCAGUUCUUGCCUCUAAACAGGUUAGGGAUGCUGUAGUGAAAGAAGCUUAUCCUGUGCUGCCUUUCAUUCAGCUGUAGCAGAAAUCUGAGUGUAAAAGUCUCUGUAUCUGUAGCUGGAGCGAGGCUGCUAGGAGAACUUUUGGCGGAGGUGAUUGGGUGGAGCUGGCUUUCCUGGCAUUGUAACACAGAUUUUCCUGUUGUGAUCCAAUGUCAGCCGUCUCACAUUAACUAUCCCAGAUCAGCGAAAGGAUUUGUAACGUCUCAGUAGAGGCUACCAUCAGGACCCCUGACCUGUCAGCCCAUGGUUGGCUCCUUUCUUGCACAAUGCUGCAGUUAAAAGAAGCAUGGCGAGGUCCACUGAUAGCUGAUCAGCUUCCCUGGAUUUCGCUGACGACACAGGAAAGCUUUGCCUGAAGAUGGAAACAUUGGAGUCGGAACUGACCUGCCCUAUCUGUCUGGAGCUAUUUGAAGACCCACUGCUGCUGCCUUGCGCUCACAGCCUCUGUUUCAACUGUGCGCAUCGCAUCCUGGUCUCCCACUGUGCCAACAACGAAUCUGUAGAAUCUAUUAACGCCUUCCAGUGCCCCACCUGCCGUUAUGUCAUCACACUCAGCAAGCGUGGCUUAGACGGACUCAAGCGGAACGUGACUUUGCAGAACAUCAUCGACAGAUUUCAGAAAGCAUCUGUGAGCGGGCCUAAUUCCCCUAGUGAGACACGCCGUGAGCGGGCGUACGACACCAACAACAGCAUGACAUCGAGUGAGAAAGUGCUCUGCCAGUUCUGUGACCAGGACCAGGCGCGAGAGGCCGUAAAAACAUGUGUGACAUGCGAAGUGUCUUAUUGUGAGGACUGUUUAAAGGCAACUCACCCAAAUAAGAAACCGUUCACUGGCCAUCGUUUGAUUGAGCCUAUCCCUGAUUCACACAUCAGAGGGCUAAUGUGCCUAGAGCACGAGGAUGAGAAAGUUAAUAUGUAUUGUGUGACAGAUGACCAAUUAAUAUGUGCCUUGUGUAAAUUGGUUGGCCGGCAUCGGGAUCAUCAGGUGGCUGCUCUUGGUGAUCGAUAUGACAAGUUGAAGCGAUACGAGCGUCCCAUGUGGAUGGACUACGCUCUCCUGCUCUACUCUGGAGAAGCUACAGAGGCAAAGUACCCUGGCCAGAAUACAAACUGCAAGCAAAGCUUGGAAAACAACCUCACCAACCUCAUCAAAAGAAACACAGAAAUGGAAAUGUUGUUAGCCAAGCUUAUUCAGACCUGCCAACAUGUGGAGGUAAAUGCAUCCCGACAAGAAGCUAAAUUAAUGGAAGAGAGCGAUCAACUCAUUGAAAUUAUUCAACAGAGAAGACAAAUGAUUGGAACAAAAAUUAAGGAAGGAAAGGUGGUGAGAUUGAGGAAGUUGGCUCAGCAGAUCGCCAAUUGUAAGCAGUGCAUAGAACGCUCUACAUCUCUCAUCUCCCAAGCAGAGCAAUCUCUGAAGGAAGCAGAUCAUGCGCGCUUCCUGCAGUCAGCCAAGAGCAUCACAGAAAGAGUUUCAAUGGCAACGGCCUCUUCCCAAGUGCUGAUCCCAGAGAUUAACCUGAACGACACAUUUGACACUUUUGCUUUAGAUUUUUCCAGAGAGAAGAAGAUGUUAGAAUGUCUUGAUUAUCUAACAGCUCCCAAUCCCCCUGUGAUUAGAGAAGAACUCUGUACAGCAUCUUAUGACACAAUUACUGUUCAUUGGACGUCUGAUGAUGAAUUCAGUGUUGUUUCUUACGAGCUUCAGUAUACCAUCUUCACUGGACAAGCCAAUGUAGUCAGUUUGUGUAACUCCGCUGACAGCUGGAUGAUUGUUCCUAAUAUAAAGCAGAACCACUAUACAGUGCACGGCCUACAGAGUGGCACCAAAUAUAUCUUUAUAGUCAAGUCCAUCAAUCAAGCCGGAAGUCGUAACAGUGAACCCGGAAAGUUAAAGACCAACAGUCAACCUUUUAAGCUAGACCCAAAAUCUGCACAUCGGAAGCUUAAGGUUUCGCAUGACAACUUGACUGUAGAAAGAGAUGAAAGCUCUUCGAAGAAAAGCCACACACCAGAACGUUUUACUAGCCAAGGAAGUUAUGGUGUUGCUGGCAAUGUGUUCCUUGACAGUGGCCGCCAUUACUGGGAAGUGGUUAUAAGUGGAAGCACCUGGUAUGCCAUUGGCAUUGCGUACAAAUCUGCACCCAAGCAUGAGUGGAUCGGGAAGAAUUCUGCCUCCUGGGUGUUCUGUCGCUGUAAUAACAACUGGGUAGUAAGACAUAACAGUAAGGAGAUUCCCAUCGAGCCUUCCCCACAUCUCCGCCGCAUUGGGAUCUUGCUAGACUACGAUAACGGAUCACUGGCAUUUUAUGACGCUUUGAACUCUGUUCACUUUUACACUUUUGACAUUGCUUUUGCACAGCCUGUAUGUCCCACCCUCACUGUGUGGAACAGGUGUUUGACAAUAUUAACUGGCCUUCCUAUACCGGAUCACCUGGACUGCUUAGAGCAGCUGCAAUGAUUCCAACAGCCAUUCAACUAUGUGCGAUCAUACAUUCAACUGGGCGCAUUUUACUCCAGAGGUCAAAUUUACUGCAGUUUUACUUUCUCUGAUUUUAUUUCAUUACAGGAAUGUUUUAUCAAUUAUUUAUGGAUAUUGGUUAGAAUUGUUUCUGUUUUGCACAUUGACUUACGUAAUGGUAUAUCCAUCCUGCUUAUGGUGCGCACUAAGGAAUGGAAUAUUAGAAAAUAUUCCCUGCUGGUCCUGGAUUUGUUUCCAUUGCUCAUUCAUAUAAUCCCAUCUCUAGGACUGUUCCAUGGGUUUCCUGCCAUUGGAUUGUUUUAUAUAGAAAAAUGAAUUAGACGUUGGUUUUGAAUUACUAUUAUUUUUUUGUUUUAAAUGGACAGCUACAUUUUACAGCAUGUAUUAAGAAUAGUAUUUAAUGCAUUUAGAAAAAAAAAAAGCAAAGUUAGACACCCAUCUUUUAUGUUAAAGAAUUCAGCCAUGUGUUUAUCCGUCCUUUCAUGUGACGAGAGUGAUUAAAAUAUCUAUUAAAUAUUUGAAGUAAUUAACAAAUAGCAUUCCGCGAUGAUGUAGAGGUUUGCAGGAAAACAAGCCACAAUUCCAUACUAGAGUCACAACGGUAGUGUGCGCAGCCGGACAUUAAAGCAAUGUCUGGUGGCACAUCACAGAAUGAAUGUCCCCCAAUAAGUUGCGUGAUAUAGCAGGAAAUGUAGGUGUUACCCUAAAUGUAGAAUGUAUCCAUUUUUCCCUCCGUGAGCUGUGGUUGCAGUGUUCUCUGAUUCUGAUUAAUCUGUAUAACACAAACACAAGAUCAUUUUUUUUUAAAUGUGGAUUUUAGUGCAUGGUCAUGUCAGUCUUAUUCAAGGUAAUCCUUUGGAAUCAUACACUGUUAGAAUGAUAUAUAUUAUGUAUACAGGAGGUGUGAUCUAUGAAAAGUUUCCCUGCUCCUUUAAAAUAAGUGUCAGCGAACUUGAUGUAGGAAGUGGCAGAGUAAUUAGAGUCAUCAAAGGGCCAUUUGGUUGGAAUCGCUGUUAUCUCUGUAAUGCCACCAAAUGGCCCUAAUGUGACACCGGAACGCUGAUUGACUGUUUAUUCUCUUUCUGCAACUACAGAAGAAGGGAAAGGGACGAUUUACAAGUUACAGGGGGCUUUCUAGAUUAAGACCAUUAUGAGAUGCCAUCACUUCAAGGCACUCCUGUGAGAAGACACAAUUGCUACUUAAUGGACUGAGCUGGUGCUUCUGCAGUUCCAGGGGCCACCAUAGAUUUUGCUCAGGAGCCGUUAGUUCCGCCACGGCCUAUAUGUUUGCAUUUACAUAAUUUAUAUGAGUGUCACAAUCUCAUUCAUGUAAAUGAGGGACUUGCCCUAUCCUUUUAUAUAUAAUUGGGUUUCUGUAUCUGAUAUUAGGAUUGAUUAUCCUUGUGAUUCCUGCACUUCAUAGUGUUCUCCAUGUUAUUGAACAGGACGUGCCAUCGGGAGGACAGGGGUUUUAGGAACAUCUCACAGUGUUUCCAUCUCUCUUACAUCUCAUAUUUCAGCUCUUAGCUAUCUCGGAGGUCACUUUUUCUGUGUGUGCAGCCAUUGUGAUGCACUGUUACUCACCAUUGCUGCACAUGUAAAAUCUACCAUAAACAGUCAGCAGUUUAUUCCUCCAACUUCAAUCAAACACAGUAAGAAAACUUAUUGCAAAAAAAGAUACAAUCAAUCACCUCCCCACCCCUCCUUAGCCAGGGAGCGAGGCCAGCAGGCUACCAGAUCUGCAUGCUAAUUAGCCCUACUAUUAGUGGUGAGUAGUGAUCUCAGCAGGAAGCUAUAUAAUUAACACAACAAAAAUCCUGCCCCCUGGUAACAGGGGCUCUUUAAUUGUAUGUUCCUUUUUUUUAUUAUAUUCUUCAGUUUUUUUUAUUAUAUUCUUCAGUUUAAAGGGUUUCUUGCACUCCAGCAUGUCCAGAAACAUGUUAAGACCAAUAUCAGAGAUUAAUGAUGUGCUCAUGAUUGGAUAACAAACUUGCACGUGGCACACACACAUAUUUUUGGCAACCAAUUAUUUGCCCAAUAUCUCUAUGGUAAAGUUUUCCCACUGACCUAAGUCUAAAGAUUGCAAACAUGGCACAGAUUUAUUAAUCCUGGAGAAGUGAUAAAGCAGUGAUAAGUGAAAGGUGAUAACGCACCAGCCAAUCAGCUCCAAUAUGUAAAUUUACCACCUUGCACUUAUUACUGUUUUAUCACUUCUCAAGGCUUAAUACAUCUGCCCCAUGGUUGUUAGAGCCACCGACUGCAGUAUUGUGGGAAACAGCCCAAUGUCUGAUACUAGUCAGAUAGAAUGAUGCGAUCAUUUCAAGCAUCAUUUUUGGACCACAUUAACUGUCCCCAUCGAUGCCAGAAGCAAUGCGCACUGAUCCUCACACGGAGAGCAAGACCUGCUCGUUUGUGGAUUCAUUCAUUUAACAUUUAACAAAUAUUCUAUUGCUGCUGAUUUCAAAAUUUAGCUGGAAAAUACAGUUUCACAAGUGCCGUUUUAUUUUUUUUCUAAAGAUUAAAAUGUUCUAAACAAUGGAAGCAAUUUGUCAACUUUCUAGACACACCUGGUGCUGAAACGCUGCACCUGGGUUAUUAGGAAUAUAUUUGUGGGCUUUUACAAUGUAUCUGGAUAAGAAGCGUGAUUUAUUUCAUUGUCAUUGUUUUCUAAGAAUAAUCUGUGAAACACAGGGGUAGAAAUGUGGCUUCCUGAAGAAAGAGCUUUUCAUACUUUAUGAUUUCAGUGAGAGCUGCCCUAUCAAUUUCUAUAUAAACAUCUAUCACCUAUAUACACUGACAGAACAGCGCCACCUACUGCCCACAUCAAGAAGUACAUUUUCACCAAAGCUCAAAUGUUUAACAGGACCUUUGACCUUCACAAGCAAAGCUUAGACUGAUUCUGUACAACAGUGGCAGACAUCUCAGAGUCUCAUGCAGAAUGCAUGUUACUUUUUCACAGAUUUUCAUUGGAAAAAUCAGUAAUGCAUUAUGAGUUGAAUUAACACCAUGUGACUACUUUAAAAGUAUUAAAUCAGCUUAGAUUAUCAAUACAUUAUGUUCAUCUUCAAGGGGAUAUUAUUUUUCUUCCAACAAACGAACCUUUAAUAUUUUCUCUAAUAUCCUAAGCAUGGGAAUUAUUGUUAGAAGUGAAAAGUUGAAACCGGGUGCAUUGGUAGAUCAUAUAAAUGGAAGAAUGCAGUUACUUACUGUAACACAAUAAAUGGCCAUUAAUAAGUAAUAUGAUACAAACAUCCCUCAUAUGUAUAUGGGAUAACAGUAAUCUACUAUUAACGUUUUAUAAAAACGUCAUCAUUGUCAACUUACACAGACAUGCUCCUUGUAAAAUUAAAAUAAAUUAGGAUUACAUUCAUCAUGAUUUAAAUGUGUGUAUUACGUAGACUUUAUUAGGCAAAUUCCUCAGUGAUUAUUAAAAUAUGUGUGAACUAUUCAUUUGGGAAUUCUGAUAGUUGUAUUUGAUUAGCCUAGAACCAGUGUCCGGGCCUAUUUACUUGCAAGCUGCAGAUACAGUAACUCAGAUUUCUGGUCACCUCCUCCUGGAGCAUCAAACAGAAAUCCGCGGUAAGUAGGGCUUUUUGCCGUUAUCACAGCUGCUGCGAACGCAUUAACUCAUAGCGCCUGGCACUUAUCCCGGAACCCAUGGGUUAACACAUGUCAUCCACGCGAGGAAAAGGGCUUUUGAUUGAAUAGCUUGUGGGCGUAAAAGCCCCUUUACUUGUUCGAUAAGUAUCGCGUCUACUUGUAUCCGGCCCUAAAUAACUUAAAAAGAUUAUUUUAAAAUGUUUAUACUAAAAAGGGAAUAUUUGUUUUUUGUUCAGUACUAGUCAUUUUAUAGGCUUUUAUUCUCUGAAAUAAGGAUGGAACUAGUCCAGGCUCUCUGGGUUGUAGUAAAUCACGCCUUAGUAUCUGUGGAAAGAGCAAGUUAAUGCACUUUGUUAACAGAUCAGUUUUAGGUUAAAGGGUAACUACUUCAGGAUUCUUACCGGCUGACUAUGAAGGGUCUGAGAAGUACUAAUUUGCCUUAUUUAUAUUACCGCUAUUAAAGAAGCCUAUGAGCAGGAUGUAUCUGGUUUUUAUAGCAUACCAGUCAAUGGUUUAUUACCUUUUAUUUGCUUAUGCUCUCAUCCUCACCUGCUAUUAUCCAUGUAAGCAUACAUCUCUGAUUUAUAUGUCUAUUGAAGGACAUUUAUUUCUUGGCAUUUCAUAGACUCUACACAUUAAAUGUUCCAGGAAGCAAACAGCUCUUUCUUUAUAGCGUGCAUUAUUUGUAAUGUAUGAAAGAUAAGAGGAUCAUUACUAUUAGCUAAUGGAAUGCCAGCCAUUCUGUGCUCAACACUUGGGACAAACACAGGAUCGCAACCAGGAAAUAGUGUGCCCGUGGAAAAUCGUCAUUCAUCCAUCCACUGCUGGAUUACUGUUCUUUCGAGAAACCACAUGGUGUCAUGCCACAGACCCACAGCUCAUGAAAGACUCUCAGAUCUGCAGAAAUAUGAAUCACAUAAACUGACAGAUGCAACGAUUGAACUUGUUUUAUGGACAACUUCUACUGAAGAACAGUAGAGCAAGUGCUUCUAGGAUGGUGACAAUAAAUCCAUGUUUACUGGAUUUCAAACCAAUGCUUAAGACUUUAAGGCAAGCAGAUAUUUCCUGUAUAUAUUCUUGUCCUUGACAAGUGUACUGGUCGUCGUUGUCUACAAUAUACCUGGGUCGGGUACCUUGGCCCAAUGUCACUGAUCAGCAUUGCUUUCAGUAACUUGCCUGCUCUCCGGGAAUCAUAGUUUCCGUUUUCUUGCUGCUCACAGGAAUUUCGGAACAUUACAGGUGUGGACUGGUGUUGCAUAAUGCAAUGUAGGACUUACCUAUAAACAGUUUAGUUUUACAAGUGUUCCUUUUACUAUUUUGUAUUUUAAAGAAAACCUGUAUAUUAAAUCAAAGUUUUAUUUUAAAA